AUGGCCGAUGGCCGAUGGGCAUCUGGUUCGCCGAUGACCCUCCCAUCCCUCACCUUUGGGCCCCAUGCACCCUCUCCCUCCUGCUCCUCUUGGCCUCUUGCCCGCAGCAUCCUGUUUUGCUCGGGCCCACCCACAGACCCACCGAACCCUCGUCGUACAGCUGUCCUUUGCCAAUCCCUCCCCACACACACAGGCCCUUUCCUUUGGUACCCCUCUGUCUCUGGCCCUCUGGUUCCCGAACCCCCUGCUCAUCUUUGUCCGUCCCUUUCGGGCACAAACCCACCUGCGCCUCAAGUCCCGGCUAACGCCCUUCCUCUUGCGCCCGCCCCCGUUAUCCCUCUCGCCGCGUUCCCCGCCAUGGCCGACAUACAAGCUGCGGGGCUCCUCAUGCAGAUGGGCGCUCAAGCCCUGAGGCGUGAGGACCGCGAGGCCCGCCUCGAGCGCAAGGCGCGUGCCGACCGCGAGGUCCGCCUUGCCCGCGAGGCGCUGAUCGCCUGGAGCGUCUCGACCACCUGGAGCGUCUCGACCGCGAGCGUAGAAGAGUUUGAAAUCGGAUUCAUCGGAUUCAUCAGUCGACUGGUUGGUUGA